AUGAGACCCGAGUUGGCCGGUCCGGUCACAGUCCAGGCCGUCCACCCACAAGGUCAACAAGUGUCAAGCACGAGUCAUCUGAAAUUCUGUUCCCCGUCUUAUUGCCAACCAGAAUCUCCCACAGUUGAUUCAUUACCUGAUUUCCCUUUGAUGAUUGAUUCUCAACUUCGGUUCUCUAAGCCUCUCUCUUACGAGCUGGUCAAUGCCGCUUCUUUGGUGCGCUCUCUUGUACUGGAAUGUCAAAUCGAAGCGGAAGUCAAACCAGUUCAGGUCAUUUGGACAUUGAACGACCGUGAAUUAACUCAAUCAGAUAGAGUUCAGGUGGUCUACAUGGAAGAUACUGGAACUGCGAAGCUUAUUGUGCAUGACGUCGCUCCAGAGGACGCCGGGCAGUAUGCCUGUAUUGUUAAAGGACAAAUUGUCAAACAAAGUACAGGAAAAUUGGUUCCCAAAGUUAUUCAAUCCACAACUGACGUGGAAAUAUUAGAACCAAUCCCAGAAGAGACAACGACAGCCAUAGAACCUUUGCCCCAAGAGGAGACAACAUCACAAGAGGUGCAGCCAGCUGUUCUCGAGUUUGUCAAACCCGUCACUCCGGAGCUGAAGAAAGUUUCGGAAAGAGAACUUCAGUUAGAUAUGGAGUGCCAGAUUCAGGCCGACCUUGCGACACAAACAGUAAAAUGGCUCUUGAAUGGUCAAGAACUAGUUCAAUCGGAUCGAAUUGAAAUGAGCUUUGUGGAAGACCUGGGUGUAGCUCACUUAACCGUUCAUGACGUGAGUCCAGUGGAUUCUGGCGAGUACACCUGCGAAGUGGUCGGCAGAGUUAUUGAACCAGAAAAGAAAAAAGAGCCAGUUUCAAAGACCAUCAUUUCCAUUUCAGAAGUAACUAUCACUGAACAAAUUUCGGAAGAGACGACCACCGUCAUAGAGGAAAAGUCACAAGAAGAAGCUGUACCUGAGGAAGUACUGCCAGCCCUCCUUGAAUUUGUUAAACCUGUUACUCCACAACUAAGCAAAGUGUCGGAGCGAGAACUUCGACUGGAUGUGGAAUGUCAAAUUCAUGCUGACAUCACUCCACAGACGGUUAAGUGGCUCAUGAAUGGCCAAGAAUUGUUCCAGUCCGAUCGAGUUGAAAUGAGUUUUGUGGAGAACCUAGGUUUGGCGCAUCUGACCGUAUAUCACGUUGGUCCGGUCGAUUCCGGUGAGUACUCCUGUGAAGUUACGGGAGAGGUGAUUGAACCGGAAAAGAAAAAAGAACCCGUUCCAAAGGUCAUCAUCUCCACAUCGGAUGUAACCAUAGAUGAACAACCGCCCGAGGAGACAACUACAGUCAUAGAACCAGUAAUACAAGAAGAAGCAGCCCCGGAGGAAGUGAAACCGGCUGUGCUUGAAUUCCUCAAGCCCGUUACUCCGGAACUAAAGCAGGUGUCCGAGAGACAACUACAACUGGAUGUCGAAUGUAAAAUUCAAGCUGACAUUGCCCCGCAAACCGUUCAGUGGCUCCUGAAUGGUCAGGAACUCACUCAAUCAGAUCGCGUGGAGAUCAGCUUCUCAGAGGACAUUGGUGUGGCCCACUUGACAGUAUAUCAAGUUGGGCCAGCAGACUCAGGUGAAUACACUUGCAGAGUAGUUGGCGAGAUAUUUGAACCAGCACAAAAGGAACUUGUCGCAAAGACGAUUACGUCAACGUCGGAUGUAACCAUCGUGGAACAAGUCACGCAAGAAACAACCACGGCUAUAGAACCUGUACCACAGGAAGAAGCAAGCCCAGAGGAGGUUCAGCCAGCUGUACUUGAGUUCGUCAAACCCGUCACUCCGGAUCUAAAGCAAGUGUCGGAAAAUGAAUUACAAUUGGACGUUGAAUGUCAAAUUCAUGCAGAUAUCACCCCGCAAAAAGUGGAGUGGCUCCACAACGGUCAGGAGUUGGUCCAAUCUGAUCGGGUGGAAAUGAGCUUCGUGACUGAUGUCGGUAUCGCACAUUUGACUGUGCACCAAGUUAGUCCAUUGGACUCGGGCGAGUACACAUGUAAGGUCCUCGGUGAGGUGAUUGAGCCAGAGAAGCAUAAGGAACCUGUUCAGAAGACCAUAAUCUCCACAUCGGACGUGAUCAUUUCAGUUCAAACAGCAGAGGAAACCACCACUGUCCUAGAACCAGCACCGAAAGAAGAGGUAGCACCUGAAGAAGUAAAACCGGCUGUGCUUGAGUUCGUCAAGCCCCUCACUCCUGAAGUGAAAAAAGUGUCGGAAAAGGAACUGAAGCUUGACAUGGAAUGCCAGAUUCAAGCGGAUAUCGCCCCACAGACUGUCCAGUGGCUGUUUAAUGGUCAAGAGCUUGUCGAGUCCAACAGAAUUGAGAUUAGUUUCGUGGAGGACCUUGGUUUAGCACACCUCACUGUUCAUCAGGUCGGUCCGGCUGAUUCAGGCGAAUAUGCGUGCAAAGUUACCGGUGAAGUGAUUGAGCCAGAGAAGAGAAGGGAGUCGAUUCUGAAGACCAUAGUGUCUACAACGGACGUUACCAUAACAGAGCAGAUCACUGAGGAAACUACGACAGUCAUUGAACUGGUUCCACCAGCAGAGGUAUCACCGGAGGAAGUGAAGCCAGUUGUGCUUGAAUUUGUGAAACCCGUCACGCCAGAGCUCAAAAAGGUGUCGGAAAGUGAUUUGCGGCUGGAUAUGGAAUGUCAAGUUCAUGCUGAUAUCACCCCACAAACAGUACAAUGGCUUCAUGAUGGACAAGAACUUGUUGAAUCUGAUCGAGUUGAGAUUAGCUUCUUAGAAGAUCUUGGUGUGGCUCAUUUGACAGUUCACCAGGUCGGUCCAACCGAUUCGGGCGAGUAUAGUUGCAAAGUUGUUGGUCAAGUGACUGAACCCAAGCAGAAGGAACUGGUACCCAAAACCAUAAUUUCUACGUCGGAUGUGACCAUCACUGAAGAGAUCGAGCCAGUCACAUAUCAUCUCGAAUUUAUCAAACCGUUGAUGCCGGAGUUCCAUGCUGUUUCUGAUACACAAACAGAUUUGGAACUUACGUGUCAAAUUCAAACGAAUAUGGAGCCACUGAUAACCGAAUGGAUCUUGAACGACACUGAACUGGUUGCCUCAGACCGUUUGGAAAUGUGUUUCCUCCGAGAUCAAGGUGUGGCCAGUCUCACAGUUCACCAGGUCAGUCCAUCGGAUUCUGGGGAUUACACAUGUGUGGUCACGACCCAGGCAAUAGAACCCAAAACACAUGAACCUGUGAAGAAGUCAAUCAAGUCUACCAUCAAAAUAAACAUUGAAGCCGAAUCCGAAGAACGAUUGGAAGAAGUGAGGACGGAGACAGUUACUCCACAGUCCCCAACAUUUCUGACAGAACUAAAACCAGUUCGUAUAUGUGAAGGUGAAGAAAUCUAUUUGACCGCAACUGUCAAAGGCACGCCACAGCCAUUAGAAGUAACCUGGAAGCAUGACGGUGUUACUCUACAACCAGAUACAACGGAUGCUGUCCUGUACUAUGCACCUGAUUCGGGUGUUUGUGAGUUGACAAUAUCCGAGGCGUUUCCUGAAGAUGCUGGUGUCUACUCAAUCGAAGCAUCAAAUCAAUUCGGUCUAGCUGUAACGCAGACAGAGGUGUUAAUUGUGAAGGAGGAACCAGAUGAAACAUCCAAGACAGAGGAAGUAAGUGUUUCAGGUUUAACGGCGCCGACGGAACCCAAAAUUGACGUAGUACAAACCCAAUUAGAGCCCACUGGGGCACCGGAAGAAGUAUGUACGCCUCUGGGUGUCGACGUCACCGACAAAACUGUCGCAGAGACUCCUGAAACCAGAGAACUAGAACUAUUUUCACCGAUAGAAGUGCUACCACAACUACCAGAUACAGCGUACUGCGAACAUUAUGUUGAAGAAAAAGAAAUAAAGACAGAUUUAGAAGAGCCUGUGGAACUCCCACUGGAGCAGUUUUCGGACGAAGAACAGGAUGAAUAUUCCUUAUCACAGGCAAUCGUUCUAGAUGUUUUGAUACCUCACGACGCAGUAAGCGUUGACGAGGUUAGUUUCACGACAGAUGAUGUGGGAAAAACGGUAUCUGUUCCCAGUCUAGUCGAUAUUGCCCCGUCAGAUGUCCAACCAACCGAAAUGAGCCAAAUUGCAGUAGAUAUGAUCAAACCGCCAGAAGAGUCGUCUAAACCGGAAAAGGAAGAUGAAGAACAACCAACGAGAGAGGAAGCCACGCCAAAAUGGGAUGAAAGCUCCAAGUCCAUAGAGCAGCCCAAAUACAUAAUUGGUGUUGCUGGUGACGCGGACGUUGAAAGUCGUAAGAAAGUCGAGGAAGAUGUGAAACAGACCUCAGGAGAAAGGUCUGAAACAGAUCAAGUUGAAGUUUUGCAGGCCCAAUCAGAACAGCUGAGAGUAGAGGAACCCAAAUACCGCGGUGCAAUAGAAGAAGAAGAGACAGCCAUGGAAACUGAAACCAAAGAACAGCCAGGCUUGGAAAUAACCGAGGCAAAGAUUACUGUUGUAGAGACCGCGCAGGAGGCAAUUGCGGUAAGUGAUGCUAUGUAUUAUGAGACCACGCAUGAUGUGCGCAGAAUGCAUGAAUGUAUAAUUCUACACUCGCAUGAAGUAAUGAAUGCAACAACAAAAGUUCUGCCAGGGACAACGACAAUAGAAAAUCCCACGUACAGAAAAGAAACCGAUGAACUCCACAAGAAACCGCAAGACCAGGAACAUAUGAAAGAGACAACAACUAAUGAAACACUGGAAAAAACGCAUACAGAAAAUCUAAACCAAGGAAUUCUAGAACGAAACGUAGAAGUCAGCCACUUCCGACGAUUAAACGAGAUAGAAGAACAAAAAGCAGAAAAGGUUGAAAAACGUAUACCUACGAAGACAACGGACAAAAAUAUAAGCAUAUCCGAAAUAAAUACGCCUAGCACUGAGGAACCAAGUUUGUGCAAAGGGGACGUGAUACAGAGGUCGGCUAUCCCAGUCGCUUUCGAGGCGCCUGGUGUGCAUGAGGCCGUGGAAUUGGCGGCAUUCCAGUUCGGUGCGCCCGAGACCGCACAACUGAGCGAGGUCAUAGUGACACAGGCGGAAUAUGUUUCAACUGAAAUCAUUGGUUCCGAAGAGGUGGAGCAGUCGGGUGUGUCUACCGAGCGGGCCCCGGAUGUUACGGAUCGCGAGUCUAUUGAGGAGGAGAAGCCGAGUACGCAACCAACGAUACAGCCACCCGAAGAGCUAGACCAACGCGGUGCAUAUGGGGAGGAGAUUUCGCACGUGCCGGAUGCGUUCGAAUCAGCCAUUCCACUGGAGGCAGUGUCCGCCAUCUCCGAGCAGCCCCGUCUGUCCGACGUGGACGUGACACAGAGGCCGGCUAUCCCAGUCGCUUUCGGGGCGCCUGGUGUGCAUGAGGCCGUGGAAUUGGCGGCAUUCCAGUUCGGUGCGCCCGAGACCGCACAACUGAGCGAGGUCAUAGUGACACAGGCGGAAUAUGUUUCAACUGAAAUCAUUGGUUCCGAAGAGGUGGAGCAGUCGGGUGUGUCUACCGAGCGGGCCCCGGAUGUUACGGAUCGCGAGUCUAUUGAGGAGGAGAAGCCGAGUACGCAACCAACGAUACAGCCACCCGCAGAGCUAGACCAACGCGGUGCAUAUGGGGAGGAGAUUUCGCACGUGCCGGAUGCGUUCGAAUCAGCCAUUCCACUGGAGGCAGUGUCCGCCAUCUCCGAGCAGCCCCGUCUGUCCGACGUGGACGUGACACAGAGGCCGGCUAUCCCAGUCGCUUUCGGGGCGCCUGGUGUGCAUGAGGCCGUGGAAUUGGCGGCAUUCCAGUUCGGUGCGCCCGAGACCGCACAACUGAGCGAGGUCAUAGUGACACAGGCGGAAUAUGUUUCAACUGAAAUCAUUGGUUCCGAAGAGGUGGAGCAGUCGGGUGUGUCUACCGAGCGGGCCCCGGAUGUUACGGAUCGCGAGUCUAUUGAGGAGGAGAAGCCGAGUACGCAACCAACGAUACAGCCACCCGCAGAGCUAGACCAACGCGGUGCAUAUGGGGAGGAGAUUUCGCACGUGCCGGAUGCGUUCGAAUCAGCCAUUCCACUGGAGGCAGUGUCCGCCAUCUCCGAGCAGCCCCGUCUGUCCGACGUGGACGUGACACAGAGGCCGGCUAUCCCAGUCGCUUUCGGGGCGCCUGGUGUGCAUGAGGCCGUGGAAUUGGCGGCAUUCCAGUUCGGUGCGCCCGAGACCGCACAACUGAGCGAGGUCAUAGUGACACAGGCGGAAUAUGUUUCAACUGAAAUCAUUGGUUCCGAAGAGGUGGAGCAGUCGGGUGUGUCUACCGAGCGGGCCCCGGAUGUUACGGAUCGCGAGUCUAUUGAGGAGGAGAAGCCGAGUACGCAACCAACGAUACAGCCACCCGCAGAGCUAGACCAACGCGGUGCAUAUGGGGAGGAGAUUUCGCACGUGCCGGAUGCGUUCGAAUCAGCCAUUCCACUGGAGGCAGUGUCCGCCAUCUCCGAGCAGCCCCGUCUGUCCGACGUGGACGUGACACAGAGGCCGGCUAUCCCAGUCGCUUUCGGGGCGCCUGGUGUGCAUGAGGCCGUGGAAUUGGCGGCAUUCCAGUUCGGUGCGCCCGAGACCGCACAACUGAGCGAGGUCAUAGUGACACAGGCGGAAUAUGUUUCAACUGAAAUCAUUGGUUCCGAAGAGGUGGAGCAGUCGGGUGUGUCUACCGAGCGGGCCCCGGAUGUUACGGAUCGCGAGUCUAUUGAGGAGGAGAAGCCGAGUACGCAACCAACGAUACAGCCACCCGCAGAGCUAGACCAACGCGGUGCAUAUGGGGAGGAGAUUUCGCACGUGCCGGAUGCGUUCGAAUCAGCCAUUCCACUGGAGGCAGUGUCCGCCAUCUCCGAGCAGCCCCGUCUGUCCGACGUGGACGUGACACAGAGGCCGGCUAUCCCAGUCGCUUUCGGGGCGCCUGGUGUGCAUGAGGCCGUGGAAUUGGCGGCAUUCCAGUUCGGUGCGCCCGAGACCGCACAACUGAGCGAGGUCAUAGUGACACAGGCGGAAUAUGUUUCAACUGAAAUCAUUGGUUCCGAAGAGGUGGAGCAGUCGGGUGUGUCUACCGAGCGGGCCCCGGAUGUUACGGAUCGCGAGUCUAUUGAGGAGGAGAAGCCGAGUACGCAACCAACGAUACAGCCACCCGCAGAGCUAGACCAACGCGGUGCAUAUGGGGAGGAGAUUUCGCACGUGCCGGAUGCGUUCGAAUCAGCCAUUCCACUGGAGGCAGUGUCCGCCAUCUCCGAGCAGCCCCGUCUGUCCGACGUGGACGUGACACAGAGGCCGGCUAUCCCAGUCGCUUUCGGGGCGCCUGGUGUGCAUGAGGCCGUGGAAUUGGCGGCAUUCCAGUUCGGUGCGCCCGAGACCGCACAACUGAGCGAGGUCAUAGUGACACAGGCGGAAUAUGUUUCAACUGAAAUCAUUGGUUCCGAAGAGGUGGAGCAGUCGGGUGUGUCUACCGAGCGGGCCCCGGAUGUUACGGAUCGCGAGUCUAUUGAGGAGGAGAAGCCGAGUACGCAACCAACGAUACAGCCACCCGCAGAGCUAGACCAACGCGGUGCAUAUGGGGAGGAGAUUUCGCACGUGCCGGAUGCGUUCGAAUCAGCCAUUCCACUGGAGGCAGUGUCCGCCAUCUCCGAGCAGCCCCGUCUGUCCGACGUGGACGUGACACAGAGGCCGGCUAUCCCAGUCGCUUUCGGGGCGCCUGGUGUGCAUGAGGCCGUGGAAUUGGCGGCAUUCCAGUUCGGUGCGCCCGAGACCGCACAACUGAGCGAGGUCAUAGUGACACAGGCGGAAUAUGUUUCAACUGAAAUCAUUGGUUCCGAAGAGGUGGAGCAGUCGGGUGUGUCUACCGAGCGGGCCCCGGAUGUUACGGAUCGCGAGUCUAUUGAGGAGGAGAAGCUGAGUACGCGACUAGCGACACUACCGCUCAAAAUCCUGUACCAUCCUGUUCCUGUCUUCGUCGGCCUUUUUGAGGAAUCAUGUGAUUCAUCGUUCUUGUCUCUCCUCGAUUCGGUUUAUUUUUCUGCUCAUGUGUCUUCGGUGGAUGAGACUGCUUUAUGCGAGUCACAGGUUUCUGGACCGUCUUGGUUUGUUCCUCCUCCUUCUCUCCAGGAUGGCGCGCGUUCCGCACCUUGCGAGGAUGGUUUGGGUACCAUUAUUUUUUCGCCCGUCAAAGAACGAGAGGAAGUUGUUGAAUUUGAAGAAACAGAAUCAUUUGCCCCGAAGUUUGUCCAACCAUUGGAAGAACGUAUUGAAGUCAAAGAGGGUGAUGCAGCACAUUUGAUUUGUCGUGUUGAGGCGAAACCGAAGGCCGAUGUGCAGUGGCUCUAUGAGGACAGACCUCUUGAUGUCACGUCAACAGUUGCUUCUACUGUCUAUGAGAGUACGAUCACGGACGAUGGAGAUAUCAGUCUGGUCAUUUUGGAGUCAUUACAUGAGGAUCAAGGGUUAUACCGAUGCGAAGCGGUCAACGAAUUGGGCACAGCCUAUACGCAAACCCAACUGGUAGUCACUGAUGGUCAGUUCUUUGUUGAUCCACGCAAUCAGGACCCGUCUAGCCUGUUUAGUUUGCUGAUCAAAAAACCGGAGCAAGUUGCACUCCCGGUGGAAAUCGUCAAAAAUUUGGUAGAUCAGCAGUUUUCUGGUUUGCCCCAAGCGAUUCGGUUUGAGCUAACUUUGUCAGUCGAAGUAGAGGCUCUGGUUUGGUUGAAAGACGGAUGUGAAGUUCCAGUGGCCGACAAACGCUUCAGACUGACGCACGUCGGCCCAACCUAUCAACUGAUUAUUGAACGUCCCACUGAAGAUGACAUGGGGCGCUACGAGGUGAUCUACGACGUCCCUCGCGACCGGAGAACCUCUGCUUCCCUGACACUUGAACGUCCCCCUGGGAGUCCAGAAGACGUGGAAGCUUCUUUCACAAUUCCAACUAGCCCAACCGCCGGCCGACCACAAGAUGUUUGCAUCACGUGGAAGCCACCGGCAGAACAGGUUGUGGACAAUUAUAUUGUCGAAAUGAAGCCCCAGGAAGGGCGAUCCUGGUACCCAAUUCCUGUGGAGGGUCCGAUUCACGACCUCAAAGUUAUCGUGCCUACCAAGGAUAUGAAGGAUGAUGUACCAUAUGAAUUUAGAGUAACCGCAGAGAAUAAACAUGGCAAGAGCCAACCGUCCAAAGCAUCUGUGCCUGUUACGAUUGCAAAUCCCAUCGACUUCAUCAAACCUUUACAAGACGUGGUCGUGACUGAUGUCAAUCAGACACCGUUAGCCGUACUGGAAUGCGAGUUGACCAGAGCCCCGAGAACUCCAGUGGCUUGGACAAAGGAUACGAAACCACUGGUGUUGCGAGGUCCGGAUACGGAGCGUGUACUGAUGGAGGAACUGGACGAUGGACGAACACAACGGCUAGUCUUCAAAGAUGUGAUUGAAAGUGAUCUAGGACGAUACGCCAUCCAGGCCGAGUCCAUCUCUUGUAGUGCCAGCCUUGAAAUGAAAGUGCAGCCGACACUACGCCUCAGCCAAGACUUUAGUUCCAAACUGCUCAUGAAGGCCGGAACAUCCAACAUUAUUGAAGUACCGUUCGCAGCCAGUCCAAAACCUAAAGUUACAUGGACAUACGGUGCUGUCGGAGACCUAGUUCCGUCGGAAAGACCAAGAUUCAAAACCGACACUGUGUCCGGCCUAACCUCGAUAGCCUUGGCCAAAGUCAAACCGGAAGAUGAAGGUCUCUAUCAGGUGACGAUAACAAAUGAACUGGGAGAAACCACUUGCACUGUGGAACUGAUCGUUCUGGACAAGCCGUCUGUGCCCAGGAAUCCAAAAAUCAGUGACAACACCGGUGAAAGUGUGCUAUUCAGCUGGGAAGAGCCACAGUACCCCGGUCACGGAGAAAAGCCGAUCGAAUAUGUAGUCGAAAUGCGUGAGCUCCCGAAGCAGUCCCAAACUCCUGUCCUCAACACGACCGAGCUACAAACGCCGAUUGAUAAUUUGUUGACGGAUAAGAGUUAUGUAUUUUCCGUAGCUGCUCGAAACGAAAUGGGACAGUCAGAUUUCGUGCACACACAACCAAUUACCACAAAACUGCAAUAUGGACCACCACCAAGUCCGGUUAACGUAAAGGCUACAGUCAACCCAGAAAAAGCUCCCGCCGAUCAGCAAACUAUUGAGCUCACGUGGGAACAGCCGACUGACCAAGCGACCAGUGCGGACCUGUGA